CUCUCCCUCCGGGGCUGUGCGCUCGUGUUGAGUUCUCAGAGAUAGUCAAGUAGGAUUCCUCUGGGAAGCAACACAAAUCACUCCCAUCUGAACAAGAGGAACAACUCUGGAUCUUCACAUCGGGGCCCUCCUUCUGUUCUUGUCCCAAUAUCUUCUAUUCAUUUCCCUGUUUUUGACAGGGAGAUCUCUAAGAAAAGCGGAAAACAAAGGAGACAGAGAAGGAAUAGAGGACUUGUCAAGGAUGGUGACAUCUGAUCUAAAGCUUUAGUUGAUCCUUUUCUUUCUUCGGCUGACACCAGAGAGCUCUUGGAGUAGCCGGGUAUACCCACAAUACAGGAGUCUGUGCCGCUUCGCUCCGGGCUUUUUUACUCUCGUUUCAACUGUUACAUUUUUUAAUACAUAUUUUUGCCUUUGAGUCAUUUGGAUUCAGAUAACUUUUUUUCACCUCCUUUUAGUUUUCUUUUUCUCGUUCUGCGUGGAAAAAACACACACGCUGUCAUUGGCAUUCACGCGGACGCCCAACUCACGCGCCCACGUUGUUGUUACCCCCCCCCCCCCCCCCCCCUUCCCUAGUUUACCUGUGAUCAGAGAAAACGGAAUUUUGGACCGCGGAAAAAACUGAGGGGACCCACGAUUAUUUCAUGUUCGGGAUUCAGGAGAGCAUCCAGCGGAGCGGGAGUAUCCUGAAAGAGGAACCGCUUGGCUCCGGGAUGAACGCCGUCCGGACAUGGAUGCAGGGAGCUGGGGUCCUGGAUGCAAACACGGCCGCUCAGAGUGGACUGGGUCUUGCCCGGGCACACUUUGAGAAGCAACCGCCUUCAAAUCUUCGGAAAUCCAACUUCUUCCACUUCGUUUUGGCUCUGUACGACAGACAAGGACAGCCCGUGGAGAUUGAGCGGACUUCUUUCCUCGGUUUUGUUGAGAAGGAAAAGGAAACAACCGGGGAGAAAACCAACAAUGGCAUACACUACCGGCUACAGCUCCUCUACAGUAACGGUAUCAGGACAGAACAGGACUUUUAUGUACGUCUCAUAGACUCCAUGACUAAACAGGCCAUCAUCUAUGAAGGUCAGGACAAGAACCCUGAGAUGUGCCGAGUGCUGCUAACACACGAGAUCAUGUGCAGCCGGUGCUGUGAUAAGAAGAGCUGUGGAAACCGCAACGAGACACCCUCAGACCCGGUCAUCAUCGACAGGUAUUGUCUCGCACUCCUCCUGUGUGUGUGUGUGUGUGUGUCUGAGUUGCUGUGUCUUUGGAAGCCUCCAGUAUGUUUAUACUAUGUGUGUGAGUGUUUGUGGAUUUGAGGAGGUGCUUGUGUGUGUGGUGUGUGGGUGUGUCAUACUGUGUUGACUUUAUGACUUUCAGUGAAAGACGCUUUUGAAGUAGUGUGCUUCUAAGCGUACUUGCUUGUGUAUUUCUUAUGUACUUCUUGUGUGUAAAGUGUACCUGUUAAUGGUCAAUCUGUACUAGACCGGUGCUUCAUUAUUCUGAUGAGAAUCUUAGUCUCUCAGCUAUGGAUUUCUGUGCACACACAUAACCUACAAACAUGCACACACAUACCACGCAUACACACAUGUACAUGCACACACACAUACACACACACCGAAGGACACAGAUGCACAUCAGCUGUGCUGUUGCUCACUCUGCUGGGAGAG